GGGAGAUAGUACAUCUGCAGGCAGGCCAGUGCGGCAACCAGAUCGGGGCAAAGGAAAAUGGAGGAAGUUACACCCCGGGAAACGUAGCAGUUUAAAUUCACUUCUUGGUACCGAUGUACGUAGCUGUACAUUCAAGGAGUCUGGUAUGGGCGGAACAAAUAGCACGCCUGGGGAAGAAAACUUGGUUGGAGACUAUCCGAGAUGCCUGAGCUAUGAGCGCACGAUAAUGGAAUUACUAUUACAGAAGUUUUGGGAAGUUAUAUCAGAUGAACAUGGCAUUGAUUCCACUGGCACUUACGUUGGGACCUCAGACCUUCAGUUGGAGCGAAUUAGUGUAUAUUACAAUGAGGCUUCUGGUGGCAAAUAUGUUCCACGCGCUAUUUUGCUGGACUUGGAACCUGGCACAAUGGAUGCAGUCCGUGCUGGUCCAUAUGGUCAGCUGUUCCGCCCAGAUAAUUUUGUGUUUGGGCAAAGUGGGGCAGGAAAUAACUGGGCCAAGGGUCAUUAUACAGAAGGUGCUGAACUUGUGGAUGCUGUGCUGGAUGUUGUGAGGAAGGAGUGCGAGAACUGUGACUGCCUUCAGGGGUUCCAGCUUACACACUCUCUAGGUGGAGGAACAGGCUCUGGAUUGGGAACACUCCUUAUUUCAAAAAUUCGAGAGGAAUACCCUGACAGAAUUAUGAAUACUUAUUCUGUCAUGCCAUCACCAAAGGUGUCUGACACAGUUGUGGAGCCAUACAACGCCACUUUAUCUGUCCACCAACUUGUUGAGAAUACAGAUGAGACGUACUGCAUCGACAAUGAGGCUCUCUAUGAUAUCUGUUUCCGCACUUUGAAACUCUCUAAUCCAUCUUAUGGUGACCUGAACCAUCUAGUUUCCCUCACAAUGUCAGGUGUGACCACCUGCCUCAGGUUCCCAGGUCAGCUGAAUGCUGAUCUCCGUAAACUUGCUGUCAACAUGGUUCCAUUCCCACGUCUCCACUUCUUUAUGCCGGGCUUCGCUCCGCUUACCUCCCGUGGUAGCCAACAGUACCGAGCCCUGACAGUACCAGAACUGACUCAGCAGAUGUUUGACGCCAAGAACAUGAUGGCUGCAUGUGACCCCAGGCAUGGCCGUUACCUCACAGUAGCUGCUAUUUUCAGGGGUCGUAUGUCCAUGAAGGAAGUUGAUGAGCAAAUGCUGAGUGUACAGAACAAGAACAGCAGCUACUUCGUGGAGUGGAUACCAAACAACGUGAAGACUGCUGUGUGUGAUAUUCCUCCAAAGGGACUAAAGAUGUCUUCAACAUUCAUUGGCAACACAACAGCAAUUCAAGAGUUAUUCAAGCGCAUAUCAGAGCAGUUUGCAGCAAUGUUUAGACGCAAGGCUUUCUUACAUUGGUACACAGGAGAGGGAAUGGAUGAGAUGGAGUUUACAGAGGCUGAAUCUAAUAUGAAUGAUUUAGUGUCAGAAUACCAGCAAUACCAGGAGGCAACUGCUGAAGAUGACUAUGAAGAUGAUGGAGAAAUGGUUGAUGAAGAAUGUGCUGAAGAUGAGCAAGGAGAGAUGUGAUUAAAUUCUUAUGAACUGUAAUGAUAUGAUAGUUUUCAGUUAUAAUUUUCUUUGCACAUUUAUUACUCAUUUAUAUGGCAGAUGAUUUUUGCAGUGGUCAGCGGAUGUGUAUUGAAUGUAUAGCAGUUAAAAUUUAAUAUAAUAUGUACCUCAAAUGCUACACUAAUUUUGCCAUCAGUUAGUUUUCAUUAUAAUGUUACUGUUUAUAUAGAUUUUUGAAUUCCUUUCCAACAUUCAUAAUUAAGAAGGGAACUGCCAGACAGUAUGUUUCAAAUGGUAUAAAAGAUUUGGUAUGUAGAACAUAAGCAUAUAGUGAACUUUUCUUCCAUUCAUACUCUUUAUUUUAUUUAAAUGUGCUUCCUGGAUGAGGGAUGGGGAAAUUUUAAUGGAUCCACUUUUUUAGUAAAAGAAUUAUUUUUCCCUUCAGUACAGUGGGAUUUCACAGUUAUCCUUUUAAUUCACCAAAUGUCCUAAUCCAUAAUCUGAUGUAUAGAGAGGGUACAUUAAUUUCUAAUAGUUAAUACUGUCAUGGAAAUAUGGGCAUAGUAUAUAUGCCACUUCCAUCUCAUUCAAAUUUGUGACUGACAUUAUUGUUUCCCAUGGGUUGAACAAGUUCCUGUAGCUCAUAAUAAUAAUAAUAAUAAUAAUAAUAAUAAUAAUAAUAAUAAUAAUGAUGGUGAUAAAACAACAACAACAACGAAUUUGUGUAAUGUACAUUUUGAACAUAAAAAUGGCUUUCAGAAUGUAAUUUCUUAAACAUUUUUAAGGGGAAGAAAUUGAAAUUUGGAAUUUUGAGUGUAUUGUUGAACUGAUUUUGUAACAGCAUUUUGUUACUGUAUUGUCAGAAUUUAUUAAAGGGCAUAUUGUAUCGUUUAA